ACUUGUAAUUUAUCGGCAAACCAAAAUAAUACGGUGAAUUUGGGAUUAUCUCAAAGUUUUAAUUCAUCAACAAUGGCUUGUAAUGAAACAAUGUCAACUAUGAAAGUUUUAGCCGCGAAAUUCAGUUUAGGCAAUCAUGAACCUGUAUUGAAUAAAGCUGCUGAGUACCUGCGACUAUUGAACGCCAAGUCCACUGCAGGGUGCAACAUGACAGAUACUAGCAAGGUCGUUAUAUGCUUGGAUUUAGCGGCAACAACUCUUGGAACCCACAUCGAUCAGAAAUUGGCAGCAAGAUAUUCCGGCUUGAAAGCACCAAGUUACUGUAAUAUAAAAAAAGUUGUAGAAAAUCGUCUAGAAAUGAAUAACGAGCAGAUAUCGGUAUCGGCUUUGUGCGACGCUCUUCAAUGCGGCGGUGCUCACAGUCUGGCUCAGGUUAUGUUGGACGAGUACCAGAAGGUCUCAGUUACUGUCGACCCUACUUUACCUCAGUAUGCUUGUGUGGCUGUCUAUCAUGCGUGCAGAAUGAACAAAAUCAAGAUUUCGAAAAGACAGAUAAUUGAAAAAUCGAGGCUGAAGGCCGCUCAGUGGUCUAAACUUGAUUCAGAGUUUAGCAAUUUUGUGAACGAAAAGUUUACAUCCGCCAGGAACAAAAACAAGGAUACUACUCAACGUACCGAUACUAACAAUGAUAACGCAGUCGAAGAUAUUUCACCGGAUAUACAAGAGGAGAAAUCGGAAAACGGCUUAGAAUUAUACGAGGAUUGGAAGAGACGUAUGAUUUUGGAGGCGUAUCAUGAACUUAAACUAUUGGAAAAAAAUGAAAAAACUAUAGAAAGUAAUAUUGGACAAUCACCACGUAGAUCUCCUAGAAAAACACCCCAAAAAUAUUCACCGUAUAACUACAGCAAAAGUCCCAAGAAAGGUGCAGGAAUUCGACUACUCUUUCCGUAAAACAUAAAUGAAAUUAUACAUUAAUAUAAAAAAAAUUUCGUGGCUUUA